CUCGGAGGCGGGUGCGCGCGAAGCGGUGUGCAGAUGUGUCGCAGAUUUUGUAAAGUCACUGGACGCUGGGAAAGAUAGAUCUGAAGGAAGUCGCUCCGGAUAAACGGGCCCGUAAACUGUCAGGAAAACAAGGCUGCGGAGGGAGAAACGGCAGGAAGAGGACCGACCCGAAGGACCUCGGUCAUAACCAGACAACGUUAGCGUAGUUUGUGAAGGAGAAAAACGCUACUUUGAGUUAAAAGCCAGCGGACGGAGGCGUGCACAGAGAUGGAGCUGUCAGCGAUUGGGGAGCAAGUGUUUGCUGUGGAAGCAAUCCUCAAGAAAAGAUUUAGAAAGGGGAGUGUGGAGUAUCUGUUGAAGUGGAAAGGAUGGCCUCCAAAGUUAUUUGCCACAACAGAAACACCAUCCUUUAUUUCACGCUUUGCGAUUAAAAAGUUAUGAUUGGGUACAGUACAUGGGAACCUGAAGAGCACAUUCUGGACCAGCGCUUAGUGCAGGCCUAUGAAGAGAAAGAGCAGAGAGACAGAGCACUGGGUCACAGGAGAAAAGGAUCCAAAGCCAAAAGACUUCUUCUGCAGAAUACUGUCUACACCAUGGAUCUCCGCAGUGCUCACAAGGCUGCAGAGAAACCUUCACCACGCCUACGUCUCUCUUUGACGCGCUCUCUGGUCCCUGAGGACGAGGAUCAGAUGUACAAACCCAGGAGGUCACAGUUCAAGUGCUUUGACUCAAACCCUCCAAGUCCUACACAAGAGGACUGGGAAAGCCGGGGAGAGGAAGAAGAGGAGGAGUGCAAUAUAGAAGAUGAAGAUGAUAGAGUGGAGGAGGAGGGGGAGAAAGAGGAUGCUCUAAAGGGGACAACAGAGAAGAGAGGAGGCAUUUUAAAUGGACAGGAAAGGACAGACGAGUGGAGCUCUGCUAUCGUACCAGACGAGGUCACUGCAUCAGAGAAGCUGGAAGACGUCUGGAGACCCAUCAUCAGUCCGGGAGAGGUGACAGUCACAGAUGUCACCCUCAACUCCCUCACAGUGACUUUCCGAGAGUCAAGAGUGGCCAAAGGUUUCUUCAGAGACUGGGGCCUGGAGGUCUGAAUUGUGAUGAAGUCCGAUUAUGUUGGUGGGGAGGCCACAGCGAGAGGGACUUGGAGGCUCUGGCUUCAUCACAGUGUGUGAAUGGUGGUUGAGGGCCUGGGCUGGUGUUUUCACUCCCUCUCUGUGACCUCUCACUUUGCUCUUCCUCUUGCCAGCUACUUCCAGCCCAGUCAGUGGUACGUUUACAUGCACAGAGUCACAUGGAUACACGCCAAACUCCAGUUAAUGUUAUAUUUAGGUUGAGCUGUUCACUGUUUCAAAGGUUGGACUGAGUUGCCUUGAAUUAUUGGGGUUUGUGAUAGCUAUAACUGGUUGUGACUUCUAUUCCAGAACAAACAGUGCAAUCACCGGCUCUGGAGGACACAAUGCUAGCUGAGGGCCCCAUUGUUGGGCCUGGGAAUCUUCCACUGACAAAUAGUUGAAAAUGAGACUAAGCAGGUGAGUCGGGUGAAGUGAGGGUACCAGUCAUAAAGUGAUAUUUGAAAGUCUCACACCUACCUACAGAAUCUUUGACUUGUUGCUAUUGGUUCAAAUGUACCAAUACAGGUAUUUUUUAGGAUCUUGUUUUAUCAUGGGUCUUAACUUUUCCACCUUAAAGGUGCCCUGUAAAGUUUUCUUCAAAACAAACACGGUUAUGUUUACAUCCAGCGUUACUGUGCGUAUCCUAGACAAACGGGUUUAUGCAUUUCCUUCCUCAUAAAACAUUUGCAAAACCGAUUUUUAAAAAUAAUCUGGACACUGCAUUUCACACGUGUUCUAAGCUUGCAGUCUUCUUCCUCCUUGCAAUUUGUUUGUGCAUUUUUGGUGCAUUACUGCCACCCUAGACCAAACAAAACAUUGCUCCUUAGCACCACUAGUGGUCAGAAACUCUACAGCAGGGGUCAGCAAAUAAGUCUGGCAUUGGGCCAAAAUUUUUUCAAGCAGUUACAUGGUGGGCCAGAACAAAGUCAAAUAAUUUCAAAUCCUUGUAUACUUGUGUACAUGUUUAGCUCAGUCAGUACUUGUUAGGAAGGUUGUAGGAUUGAUUCCAACUUACUGUGGAUAUUUUUUUUCUCCCUUGUUAAACUAAUUGACACUUUUGCACAUGCUCACAAUAAAUCAUUUGCUGCAGUGUGUGCGUAUCCCAGUUUGAUCCGCAUUCAAAAACCUCUG